GUGACAGCCAAUCGGGAAGCGAAGCCGGCAGCCCUACCGCCCCUCUCCACUUUCCCUUGCAGUGGCCGAUGCCGCGGCAGAAGGCAGCGCGUAGUGGCGGUUAGAGGGCCCCCCCGCGCCCGCGCCCGCCUGGCCGGCGUGACGCCCGCGCUCGCCAUGCUGAUCACGCUGUGCUACUUGUAUCUGUGGGCUCGCUGGCGGGGCCGCUCGGCUGGACUCAUCCGCCGCACUGUGCGCAGGCUGUACCGAACCCGUUCGUUCACCUUCUGUGCUUCCUCCGGCUCCGCGUGCUCUCGCCAAACGCUACGCCUCCAGCCUUCCCACCACCCCCUUUGCAGUCAGGGGCCUUCCCACGGCUCCGAGGAAAGAAUCUGCCUCAGGACGGGGGACAAGAUUUUCUUCACGGACGAGGCUCAGUCCCUUGCUGAUUUAAACAAAUGGACAUUACUUAUUGUAUCACCUUUUAGUUAUCUGGACAAAAUAGUUGAAGCUGAAUAUAUCACAUUUGUGACUGAGAGUGUUUCCAUUCAAGCAGGUAGUUCGCAGGCUAUAACUCAUUCAACAGAAAAGGUUGUGAAGUGGUCAGACUAUUGUUCCCCUUUGGCUUUUAAGCCCGGAGAACCUUACAUAUUAUUAGCUAAAGCCAGCAUAGAUAACUUCAGUAGCCUUGGUAUAGCAUUUAUGGAAGAUAAACUUCAAAUGGAUAAUGGAAUGAUGCCUCAAAAAAUUGUGUCUGUGCAUCUACAAAAACCAGGAUUGGAAGAUUUAAAACUGGCAACAAGUACCAAAGAAGAGGAAAAUGUUAAUGAGCUUGAUGAACUGAGAUGGGAUUCUUCUUUUCCGACUCCUGAUAAUCUGGAAGCUGUGGAUUAUUCAGGAGAUAAUGAUCAAGAAGUGCAAAAAGAAAAACAUAUAUUGGAGAAAGUAAAUGAACAUCAUGAACAACUUGAGAAAGAUUCUGAAAAGGGAAUAAUAAUGGGUGAGCGUCAUCAUCUGCAUCUUUCCAGUUGCGUUGAGUGCUUGAAACUGGAGAAUAGCACAAUUGAAUCAGUUAAAUUUGCUCCUACAGAAAACAUUCUAGAGCUUUCUGAUUAUGGCAGUGGAAGUUUAGAAGAUGGUGAUGGUAGUUGUCUGACAAGAAACAGAGUAAAUCUCACUGGGAAACCACCUAAUGUUUUAAUUUAUGUUGGUUCUGACUCUGACAAGGUGAAAUUUGAACAAAUAAAAUCCCUUAUCUUGGAAUGUAUUGAUGUUAAUGCUUACACAGUCUACCAUUUGUUAGAAAAACAAGUUCUGAGUGUGCCCUGGCUUGACAAUGCAUUGCUGUUGAUCAUUGCUGCAUCACAACCCAUUUCAGAUGCUGUGUCCAAACAGUUUCUGGAUUUCAUGUCCAAAGGUGGGAAGAUUUUAGGACUUUCUACUUCUUUCAGUUUUGGUGGGAUACAUGUGAAGAGUAAAGAUGAACUGAUGGACACAGUGCAGGCCAUUGUGUUUGCAAAAAAUAAGAACAAUGAAAUUAAACUAAAUCUUCUUGCUAGUGGAAAUGUCUUUGAAAAAGAAAGUUCUGAAGAAUGUCCUUCUGUGAAGCCACUAUGUUACUUGGACAGUUCCAAUAAAGACAUGGUGAUUGUCCACUUGCCAUAUGGAAAUAGCGGAGGAGAAGCCAUUCUUUGUCAGGUGCAUUUGGAGGUGGAUGCCAAACAUUUGUCCAACCGCUCAAACAGUGAUUUCAAUUCACUCAAAAUAAGCAAUGCCAAAAGAUAUGAAGUUCUUACUGAAAUCCUGACACUACUUGGCUUGAGCUGUGAAUUAUGUGAGGUUCCUCUGUUAACUCCUGUUUACUUACUCUCAUCUGAUAAGGAGCUCCAUAGUUCUUUUUUGGAAUGGCUUGGAAGAAAUGUGAAUGCAGAUGGAUUAAUUAGAUCCAGCAAAGUGUCCCUUAAGUUUGUAUCAUCUUGCAGCAAAGAGAUAGAAGUAACACCCUUGUUGAUGCCAGUAGUUACUGAAAUGGCAGCUUUUUCCUCUGAACAUUUCUGCCUGGAGAGGUAUAAGGAAAAUCUACACACAGAGAAACUUGGAAAAGUGGUUCUCUUUGCUGAAGUUACAUCAACCACAAUGAAUCUCCUUGAUGGGUUAAUGUACAAGGUGUCACAGGAAAUAGGUCUGAUAGCAAUUGCAGUUCACCAAACUCAGGGCAGAGGUCGUGGUGGGAAUACCUGGCUGAGCCCCAUGGGAGCGGCUUUAUAUACUCUACAUAUCACAAUUCCCUUAUCAUCCCAGCUGGGACAAAGGAUUCCAUUUAUUCAGCAUCUGGCUUCUCUAGCAGUUGUGGAGUCUGUUAGAUCUCUACCUGGAUACCAGGACAUCGAUCUCCGGGUGAAAUGGCCAAAUGAUAUUUACUACAGUGACCUUAUGAAGCUCGGGGGUGUUUUAGUAAAUUCCACACUAACAGGAGAUACUUUUCACAUUCUUAUUGGCUGCGGAUUUAACGUGAAUAACAGCAACCCAACUAUAUGCAUCAAUGAUGUCAUUAUGGAGCACAAUAAGACAAAGAAUACAAAAUUAAGGCCCUUAAGUACUGACUGCCUGAUAGCAAGAAGUGUGACAGUACUGGAAAAUCUUAUUAAUACUUUUCAAAAGAAAGGUCCAAAUGGAAUCCUUCCCAUGUACUAUAGGUACUGGAUCCACAGUGGUAAGAAAGUCCAGCUCGAAAAUGAUGAAGGGCCAAUGGUAUGGAUCGUUGGACUAGAUGAUGCUGGAUUCCUUCAAGUUCAUGAGGAAGGCAAAGAUAUAUUGACUGUGCAUCCAGAUGGCAAUUCUUUUGAUAUGCUGAGAAACCUUAUAGUUCCAAAGCAGCAGUAGUUUUUCAUUGUGAUGAAACAGCUACUUGCUUUUAGAAUACCAUUUUGUGUUCAAUACGUACAAUUGGCAAAAGAUUGGCAAGAGACAAUAUAUUAAACUGAGGUUAUUUAAGGCUGAAGAAUAGAAUCACAGUACUGUUACAUCUUUUCAUUUUUCUGGGUGCUUGAUCCAGUGACUCUGCAACUGACAGGUUUCAAGCUUUCCUUCCCUCCCAGUCUUCAUUUAGACAUGGGAGACCCUUAUGGUCUGCAAGACAAGCUUUUGCAUCUCAUUUUCGAGAUGCUUCACUAAUCCAGAAUUUUCUCACUGAAGACAAUAUUAUCCUCUUAUCACAGUUCCUUAAUGCUUCCGCUUAGACCAGGGUAGGAAAGAUGUGCAUCUCCCAACAACCCUAGUCUGUGUUGGAGGAUGAAAAGAGAUGCAGUGCAACAGCAUCAAAAGGACCACACUUCUGGCCUAUUCUCAUACUGCUCCAUUUUAUAGUAAUCUAUUAAUAAUUUAAUUUUCAGCAAAAUAUUUCAUAUAUUAAGAUGAUUAGAAUAAUUUGAGCUGGCAAUUUGGUGUAGAGGAUUUUAAUGUGGGAAAAUAGUUAUAUGCAAAACAAGGCUGAUUUUUUUAAAAACUUGGUUUAGCUGUAAAAGUAUUAAAGUAAUUGCCUUUCCCUCACUCUGCUUCCCCCACAAGACUAUGAUCAAAAGUGAUAUUUUUAAGAAUAGGUUUUGCAUAUGUUGAAUUUUAUUAGAGUGAAAACCCUUCACAAUCUUCAUGAUCAUACAAGUACAAAGUUUCCAUGACUCCUGAUUUUUUCUAACAGAAUUCUGGCAAUUUUCUCUGAUUCCUGUAUGAGUCUAGAACUUUUCACUUAUUUGGACAUAAUCUUUCAAGUUUCACCAAACUAUUUUGCAACUUCAUUUUGUUAGGACAUUUCAUGAAGAACAGUUUCUACAACUAAAAUAGCCUAUAAAAUAAUCAGUAGCAUGUGCCUGCCGGGAUGGCUAGCAGAACCAGUUUCCCAUUGAUAGCUCUUACUUGAUGCAUUUAACUCAAAGCUCGUUCAUGUUGUAUGAUGCACAUCAUAUAACCUAAUUUGCUACUCAGAAGCUCUGAUCAUUAUUCAUAAUUUCAUAAUAAGAUGCCAGAUAAAGAUGGGCAAGUGAUUUGUUCAGACACUUGCAGUGCAAGUGUCUGAACAAUGUAUGCUUGGGUGUCUAAACCUUUGUUGCUUAGGUUCACAGGCUUGCAGCCCUGUCCACCCAGGCGGUAGCCUGCAAACAGUUCCUGCAUGUCAGGGAAUUGUCCGUAACCUGACCGCCUAGUGAGAACUGCUGUGGAUUCUAACCGGCUUCCUCCUGUUCAGUUAAGAAACCCCCUCCCCCAGAUUCUUGAGUUGUAGUCAGAAGCAGACUAUUGUAGAUUAAAGUUUACUGCAUAAAGAAUAAGAAAAUAAGUAGCUUGACUCAAAUAUAAAUCAAGAAACCCUCAAGAAAGCAAAGAAAUUGCCCUGUAAUGGUGGAUUAACAUAAUCCUUGCAUAUUGAAGACUGAGUAGUUUGACUAUAAAUUACUGGAGAUUAAGUUGUCCUUUCACUAAAAGUAAAGAUUUUGACCUCUGUUUCAAGGAGUUUCCCACACUGUGGCAUCCAUAACUCUUUCUUUUACAAUGCAUUAUUUAACCAAAAAAGCAACGCAACUAAGCAAAUUUUAAACAGUUAAUUUGAAUAACGAACGGUUACUUGCAACAUUUUUGCAAACCUUAAAAAUCCUAUGUUUGCUUGUAAUCAGCCUUACAGAUUUAAUAACGCAAGUGGUCCUUAAAUCUGAACUAGUGUAAUGGAAUAUUUUGACACAUCACAGUAUUUGGCCUCUAUUUUUAUCCCAAUGGGAUCCUUCUGUCCUGUUUUCUUCCCUUACCACUUUUAAAUGCAUGAUUCCUGCUAUUGCCUGUUAGCUGCAGAAUAAUUAGAGGUAGGGCUAUGCCAACUCUCAUUCCAGAAUAGUAUAGCUGUCUUUUCUAAUUACUCUCCCCCUCAAGAUGCAAUCUUUUGUUACUGAAGUAUGGAACGUAGGGAAGUGCCUUGUCAUGUCUUCAUUUUUAAAAAAAAAUAUAUAGAAGGAAAAGACUUGCUGAAGAAGGAACAUGGCUUCUUGCAAACGGAAGCCUUGCCUCAGUAAUUUUUUAGAGUUCUUCAAAACAGUAAAAAAAAAACCCUCAUCAAAGGCUCCCUAAAAAUCUAUAAGUGAUGGAAUAAACACUCAUGCAUCUAAUGACUACAACCCAAGAAACUGGAGAUGGCGCAGGUCCCAGUUAUUGAUCUGGCUGCUGCAUUCUGCAUGAGCUGCUGCUUCUGAACCAUCUUCAAGAGCAGUCGCAUGUAGAGUGCAUUACAAGGAUCUGAUACAGAGGUGACUGCAUGAAUCUGGCCAAGCACCAGAAAAGCUGCACAAGGUCUGACUAGCAGCUGUGGCAGCCAGGAAUGCCGCUGGGCCUUCUUUUUCUAGGAUACUCAACUAAAGAUUAUUUAUUGACAGCAACAUUUCUUAAGCGGCUCACGGGUGUUGGUGUUUGGAGUCAAAAAGAAUGAGGAGCAGAAUUAUAUCAAGGCACAAGCUGAUGACUUUUCCGGAGCUAUACAAUUUUCACUAGGUAUUCAGAAUUAAGAAUGGGCUUAUGUUGGUAGUUUAUAAAUGUUCCAUAGCAUUUUGAAGUACAUACCCUAACAAUUUAUUCAGCUGUCUAAAAUUAGUAUGAAAUGUUUACAUCUUUAUACUGUGCAUUAUGUUUUUUUAUUGAAUGUUUUUACAAGAUCCUUUUUUCAAAAGUACACAAUUAUAGAAGCUUACUAAUUUGGUUUCAGCUAUAAAAAUGCACUUGCAUAGUUCCGACUCUUGAAUCUGAUUGGUGUCAAUAGGAUGGUGCACCAUAUUGCUACUUACAGAAGGGCUGACUAUGGUAAAAGGUUUAACCCAGAUGUAGGCCUAUUUAGAGUAGACCCAUGAAUAACAGAAGUUCCAUUAAUUUCAGUAGAGCUGUUUUAAGCAGGACUAAGGCUGGCUCUAACCCAUGGAGUUGAAAGCAGAACAAAGCUAUUUUUCAUUAUCUCUUUUUCAUUAUCUCUGUGCAGCCUUAAGUAAGGAUUCAGAACAUAUGCAGGAACAGCAUUUGCAACCUUCAAGAGCCAAACCAGUAACAGCUGAGCAUCGCUACUGGGCACAGUAGCAAUACUGGAAACUUUUUUCAGUCUAGGAACAUUCCAAAUGGGGAAGGAUAAUGAGGGUGGGGACAGAGGUUAUGGGGAAGGGGCAGAUUCUAUACUUUUUAUCUAGACGUAAGCCCCAGAUGAACAGCUUUCAGACAAAGAAUAACCCAGUUUUAUUUAAAAAUAGGCUAGUCUUCUCUCCUCAUUCUUUCUUGUUUUUACAGUAUAUCUUCUACUUGAGAAGGCUUCCUGCCUGCCUGCCUCCCUCCCAUCCUUCUGGCUUCCCAAAGUGGUUCUACUCCCAUCAACAAGUAACCGAAGUAUCAUAACAUGUAGUGCUGUAGGAAUGUACUGCUAAAUCAAGUAAAACUAGCCUGUCAUUCGAGAAUUUUCAAGGAAGUCACCUUGAUCAGGCCCUUUUUGAGACUCCUAGAGGCCCCAGAGGAAUGAGUGCUCAUCGGAGCACCCCAUUUCUCCUAUAGCAACCGUUAUCAGUAUUAUUUUUCCUGGUGGAAGAAUCCCUAAAUAUGCAGAUUCUCUGUCUUUAAAAGGCAAAAGCCUGAAAAAGUGUGUCAAGAUUUUUUGUCUCUAAAGUUAAAAAGUUUUUUUGAAAAACUAUGUUUCUUUCCAUUGCUGUGUAGAGAAUUCUUUCAGUCCUUCUGAAAGGUAUACUAGGCUAAUGCUUACUAAUAUGUUUGGGUUAUUGUAACUACUUCUUUUAAAAAUAACAGGAUAAGCUAAAAGAUUAUCAGAAGUGAUAAAUGGAAAACGUAUUAUGUACAAUUUACUUAAUGAAAAUAGAGCUUGUAAUAGUAUCAUUAGUGCGUUAUAAUUUUAAUACAAAUGCUUUGCUAUUUAAAUUUAAGUUUUAAGAAUUAUAAGUUAGAACAAUUGCUCUAUGAGUUUCAGUUAAGUACUAACUAAUUAAUGUAACUGAGUGUAGAAAACAAUUACUGACUUUCCAUGAUUUUUUUUGAAUUUGAUAUUAUAUGUAAUAUUUGUGCAAGAUCCCUUGGUAUCCUUUCUUUUUUUUCUAUAUUCUACUUUUUAAUUAAAAUAAUAAAAAAGAUUAUCAGAAGUAAUUUCUGUUGAAAGGUGUGAUUCUGCAAAGAGAACAAGGUUGAUUGUACCAUUGUUGAGUAUAGCAUUUUUUAAAAGGAAAAUUUGGAGAAUGGUCCUCCUCCUCGACAAUAUGAAAGUACAGUUAGAUUUAUUAUAGCAAACAGCUAUAGUAGCAUUUGGAACUUUAGUUAGUCCACUCCUGUAAAUAAUAUUCAGAGUACUCUGUGAAAUAUUUGUAAGAUUCUCAGGUUCAUUAUAGCAUCCUGUAUUAUCUAGAAAAUCAGUGUGUCUCAAUUCAGAUGAUAGAGAAGUUGGAAGUCUUUGAGGUAAGCUCUCAACUACAAUUUCUGCAUUCUUUUAUAAUGUACCAUGUGUGACAAGUUGGGAAAAGAUUGUUGUCUUGAUUGUUAUCUGAGGUGGAUGUCAUGUUGUGUGAAUGCUGCUUCCAAGUAAGCCACCCUGUGAUGGCCAUGCACUUCUCUAGGGUUGUCAUCACCCCUGAGGACUUGUGUCAUCCAAACCCAGAUGACAUGAGCUACUGGGGCUGAGCCCUAAGAGCCAGUGGGCCGCAGGGAAGUACCACUGACAGCACCUUCCUUGUUCUAGUCAUAAGCUUUCCCCUGCCUGCAGCAGCACAGAAUGCCUAAGAGUAGACUUCUUACACCACCGAGAUGGCUAGGAUUUACUCCUGUUUGACAAGCUAGCCCAGCCCCCUCUGCAGUGUUGCACCAUGUCCAACACAGCAACACACAGCAUAUCAGGCACCCCUACCUCCUGCCAAGAGUAGAUCUCUUGGUAUCACUGUCCAUCUGUUGGACUCAUUGUUGGUACUUGACAAAAGAACCAACCCAGUGUGGUUUAUUGCCUUGGGGGGUUGUCAUGUCAGGUGAACUCAACUAGUUUUGUGUGUGUCCAAGGAUUAGGAAAUAAUUGGUGGGGAAACACAGAAGGUUACAAGUUGAACUUACAGCUGCUGUGGAAAGAUAUUAACUCCCUUCCACACUCUUUUGGAGCACUUACUACUGGUAUUGGCAACACCUUACCAUUCUAAAAAUGAGACUGUGUGAAUGGUGCUUUUUGGGGAGGGGGGUACGUGCUGCUGUUGCCCUAUUUGAUCCAUCCUGUACUGCCACCUUGAAGGUUGUUGUUUUUAACUGUUGUUAUUUGUUUUGAUUUUAAGGUUGAAAAAAACUGAGAAAAACAUGCAGAUUUAAUAGCUGGGAAGUAAAUGGAGGAGAAAUCUGCCAAUUUGAGGGGAAGAGAGUGAAUAGAGAGGCAGUUACUGUGGGUGAGCAGAUUUGCUGUUUACUUGCCAGCCAUUACAUUUGAUUUCCCAAUCCAAAUAAAUACACAUUUUGUAGAAAUGUCAAGGAUCCACAGUAAUCACAGCUCCAAAAAGCAGGCUUAGAAAGGCCUUUUCUGCAGCAGUUGUAGACUUGGGAUAGCGUUGAAAAGGUGCUGUGCACUGAGAACAGUCACUUGGACCUUGAAAAGACCAGAGGGUUACUUAGUAUACUUAAAAGAUUGUUGCCACCUCUUUUUGGCGCACCUCCUUCCCCCUCUUUACUUUUCAGCUGACAGCUUGGAAAUGUGCGACUGGCCACUAUAUGAAAAAUAGCCUAUAUGAUCUCUUGGCUUUUGAUUUAGUGUGUGUUACGUGCAGCUAGUACAUGUGGACAACUAAAGAUUAUUUAUUUAUAUGCUGCCUUUUUUCUUUCAAGGAAUGCAUGGUGGCUCACAUGAUUCUCCUUUCAACCACCCUGUGAGGUAGGUUGGACUAAGAGACAGUGAUUGGCUUCAAGUCAUCCAGGCAGCUCCAUGGCUGAGUGGGGACUAGAACUCAGACGUCCUGAGUCCCAGUCCUGCACUCUCAAGCACUGCACCACACUGGAUGUCACUUGUGACUCACUGCAAUUUUCAGUGGCCUUUUUAAAACAGAAUAAAACCCUGGUUCCACAUUUGUGAGACUGCGUGCAUCCCCCCAGUAACAAAGAAAAUGGCAAUAGCAAUUGGAGCUGGCAAAGGGAGACAAGAUGUGGGUCUGCCACAAAGGACACUGGGGUGCCAGCUGGGAGAGGAGGGAAGAACAAAUCAAGGUGCACCCAAUAUCCUGUGCAUCCAGAGUGCACAGCUUAUUCACAGGGUGACUUAGCAUGCUGUGUGAACACAGCCAGUAUCUGGGCAUAAAAUUCUGGGAUUGAAGCAGGGUGACCACAUAACAAACUUGUGUUAGCACCAAUAUAGCUUGAGCUGAGAAGUAUGGAGGUAGCAAUUCUUGGCAUAAAAUAAAAACAAAUAUGUAUUUAGAGCUAUGUGGUGCUUACAUAGCUGAAGAGUUAUGUGGUGGUGCUUAUGUAACAUACAGAAUUUCAGUAAAAUUUAACUUAAAAGCUCUGGAUCAGUUUUUACUAUGACUUUCUAGGACUAUUCAGAUUGCAAGAGAAAACAGCAAAAAUGUUUAUUUAUGGAACUAGUUACCUAAAUUAACCAAUUUAUAAUACUGAAAACAUGUUAUUGGAUGCAUUAUUUGUAGUUUUAACACCAAGAAAAUAAUAGAAGUCCACUUAUUCCUUUGGCUACAGUAUUUUAUUUAACAUUUUCAUCUUACAUAAUAAAUAAGCAAAAGCUUUACAAUUGAAGGGAGUAAAUAUAGAAUCCUAAGCAAUAAUAGGAUAUGUGUUUCUUUUUCCACAUAUGUUUUGUCAAAUAAUUGAUUUUUGCAUCAUUUAAAAUGCAAAUUAUAAAGUUCCAGAACAGGGAAAUAAAACAAUUUACUUUCCUCCAAACAGAUAAAAAUGGGUUGUUGUGGUUCCAUUCAAACUAUAGUGUCCCUAAUAGUGUGAGGCUAUAAUCCUAAACAUACUUACUAGUGACUAAACCCUACUGAACACAGUGGGGUUUACUUACAAGUAAACAUGCAUACGAUUGUGCUACACAAAUGUUAAAACUUGCUGGUACAUGGCUUAGCUUUGUAAGUUAACUAGAUUAUUGGCAAGGUAGAAUAAUUUAUAAAGUUGGACUCAGCCGAGCAGUACUAUUACUAGGCGAUAUU